AGACCCCACCACCGUUUUCUUCAUUUUUUUCACACACAACACACACUCGGCCUCCUCCAAUUCCUCCCCGCGUUUCGCGUAAUCGCCAAGGAGAAUCGAUUGAUUACCAAACCAGAUCGAAUACUCGCCCAUGGCGCUUUUCCGCCGGCGAUCGUCGCUUUAUGCUGGAAUAAUCUCCUGAAAACCGUCGCCUCAAACGAUCAGCAGCUUGAUAUUUCACCAUGUUUGAAGCACAUGUCUUGCAUUUGCUUCGGAGAUACUUGGGUGAGUAUGUCCAUGGGUUGUCUUCUGAGGCCUUGAGAAUCAGUGUUUGGAAAGGUGAUGUGGUUCUUAAGGAUUUGAAACUGAAAUCAGAAGCAUUAAACGCAUUGAAGCUUCCGGUGACUGUCAAAGCUGGUUUUCUUGGUACUAUAACCUUAAAGGUACCUUGGAAAAGUCUUGGCAAGGAGCCAGUUAUUGUUCUCAUAGAUCAAGUGUUCAUUCUUGCAAAUCCCGCAUCUGAUGGAAGGUUUCUGAAGGAAGAAGAUCGCGAAAGGCUAUUUGAGGCUAAACUGCAGCAAAUUGAUGAAGCAGAAUCAGCAACUCUUGAAGCAUUAUCAAGAUCGAAGCCUGGAAAUUCAGCUGCUGGAAAUUCUUGGCUGGGUUCACUAAUAUCUACAAUUAUUGGAAACCUUAAAAUCUCUAUAAGCAACGUUCACAUUAGAUAUGAGGACUCUGUGAGCAACCCAGGACAUCCAUUCUCUUGUGGCUUCACCCUUGCAAAGCUUGCUGCUUUUACAAUGGAUGAGCAUGGCAAUGAAACCUUUGAUACAAGUGGUGCUUUAGAUAAAUUACGCAAGUCAUUGCAACUCGAAAGGCUUGCUGUGUACCAUGAUACCAAUCGUGAUCCCUGGAAGUUGAACAAGAGAUGGGAGGAUCUUAGCCCUAAGGAAUGGGUUGAGGUUUUCCAAGAUGGCAUUAACGAAUCUUCUAAGAGCCGGGAUCCAGCAUCAUCUUGGGCCCAGGAACGAAACUAUUUAGUUUCACCUAUUAAUGGAGCUCUUAAGUACCAUCGUUUAGGUAACAAGGAUAGAGAAGAUUCAAAUGUUCCAUAUGAAAAGGCCUCACUUGUCAUUGCCGAUGUCUCUUUGACAAUUACAGAGGCUCAGUAUCAUGAUUGGAUUAAACUUAUGGAGGCCAUAUCUGCAUAUAGAACACAUGUAGAUAUAUCUCAUUUAAGGCCCAUGGUGCCAGUUAAAGGUAGUGCGGCAUUGUGGUGGCGUUAUGCUGCUCAAGCUGGGUUGCAGCAGAAGAUGAUGGGUUAUCGAUUUUCAUGGAAGCAAAUCAAGCAUCUAUGCCAUCUUCGUAGACAAUAUGUGCAACUCUAUGCUGAUUCGUUGCAAGGAUCAGAUAUAGAUACAGAUGAACAAAAAGAAAUUGAAAAAGACCUUGAUGCUAAAGUUAUUCUGUUGUGGAGGUUUCUUGCCCAUGCAAAGGUUGAGUCAGUAAAAUCAAAGGAAGCUGCUGAACAGCAAAUGCUUAAGAAAAAAGGCUGGUUUCCGGUAAGAUGGCGAAGCACUUCAGUUGAUGACCCUGCUAGUGAAAAUUCAAGUUUAUCUGGGUCAGUGGAAGAAAAAUUGACUAAAGAAGAAUGGGAAGCAGUCAAUAAAUUGCUAAGUUUUCAACCAGAUGAGGAUUUGGCUCAGACAGGGAAGGAUGUGCGAAAUAUGAUACACUACAUGAUUAUUGUAUCUAUCAGUAAAGCAGCGGCUAGGAUAGUCAACAUUGAUAACACUGAGAUUGUUUGUGGUAGAUUUGAAAAUUUGAAUGUGUGUACGAAGUUGAAACAAAAGAGCAUACAUUGUGAUGUGACAUUGCAAUACUAUGGUUUCUCUUCACCCGAAGGAACCCUUGUGCAGAGUGUCUCCAGUGAGCGGAAGGUGAAUGCUUUGCAAGCUACUUUUGUGCAUGCUCCAGAAGGAGAAAAUGUAGAUUGGAGGCUUUCCGCAACAAUAUCUCCAUGUCAUGUCACGGUGAUCAUAGAAAGCUUUGAACGCUUUUUACAUUUUAUGAAGAGGAGCACUGCUGUUAGUCCAUCUGUUGCAUUGGAAACUGCAACUGCCCUGCAGUAUAAAAUUGAAGAAGUAACUCGGAAAGCUCAGGAACAAUUUCAGAUGGUUUUAGAAGAGCAGAGCAGAUUUGCUCUUGACAUUGAUCUUGAUGCUCCCAAAGUUAUCGUUCCUAUAAACUCUCGUGGAUCUAAUGCAAUUGACACCCAUCUUCUGUUAGAUUUGGGGCAUUUCACAUUAAAAACCAAGGAGGACGGCCAGCUCCAUGACCACAGCGAUAAUCUAUUUUCUCGUUUUUAUAUAUCUGGAAGGGAUAUUGCAGCUUUUUUUGCAGAUUGUGGUUCCAGUACUCAGCCUUUUGACUGGGGAUCCCGACCUUCAUUUCCUUCCUCUUCACAAGAUGCUGACAAAUUUUAUUCUCUUAUUGAUAGGUGUGGAAUUGCUGUCAUUGUUGACCAGAUAAAGGUGCCUAGACCCAAUCAUCCAUCAACACGUAUAUCUGUUCAAAUCCCAAGCCUUGGCCUACACUUCUCGCCAAAACGAUAUUUCAGGCUCAAUGAAUUAUUGAAUUUACUCAAUGGUGCAAUGCAUAGUGAUGAGCAGCACAGAGUAGAACAUCUACAAACUGGUCAUGUGCCUUGGAGUCCACUAGAUCUGGCAACUGAGGCGAGAAUUCUAGUUUGGAGGGGAAUUGGCUAUUCAGUUGCUUCCUGGCAACCUUGUUAUAUUGUCUUAUCUGGAUUACACCUUUAUGUUUUAGAAUCUGAAAGUUCCCAAAGCUAUCAACGGUGUACAAGCAUGGCUGGUAAACAAGUAUGUGAUGUUCCUCCUACAAAUGUUGGUGGUUCACUUUUUUGUAUUGCUGUGAGCAGUAGAGGCAUGGAUAUCCAAAAGGCUCUGGAGUCUUCUGGUGCCCUGAUAAUAGAGUUCCCUAAUGAAGAGGAAAAAUCAACUUGGUUGAGAGAACUUGUGCAAAGCACCUAUCGAGCAUCUGCUAUUCUCGAUGGCCUAAGGGAUGGACUGGUUGAUUUUGCUGAAUCUCGGGCCAGUAGUGAUAAAGCAGCUGAUCUUGUCCUCAAUGGAUCUGUGGUAGAAACUAAACUGUCAGUAUAUGGAAAGUUUGGAGAAGAGGAGUAUGAGAGAGUACAAGAAAAACUCAUUCUCGAACUUCUUGCUGGUGGAGGAAAGGUGCAUGUCUCAAUUUGUGCAAGUGAUUUGACGUUGAAAGUGAAGCUGAAUUCGUUGAAGAUUAUGGAUGAACUUCAGAGUUCUCUAUAUGGACAUUCUCAGUAUUUCGCUUGUUCAGUUAACAUUCAUCAGCAUCCAAGUAGCAACCCUAAUUUAGAACAACUGGGGAAGGACAUGCUUGCAGCUGGAGUUGAGGAGGAUGAUAUCCUCAAUGAUGCAGAUGACGACUUCAAUGAUGCACUGUCCGAUUUUAUGAUUUCACAUGACAAUGUUGACACUAUUGUCCAUGAGAUGGAUUCGCCUAGUUUAAACUUUGUUGCAAACGAUGUUUUCUAUGAGGCCUUGGGCUCUGAUGAUUCUGAUUUUGUAUCUGUCACAUUCUUGAGAAGGAGCCCUGGUUCCCCUGAUUAUGAUGGUGUAGAUACACAGAUGAGUGUUGAAAUGGCAAAGCUGGAAUUUUAUUGCAACCGACCCACUCUUGUUUCUUUAAUGGACUUUGGUGUUGAUAUGAGCUCCAUAAAUAGUGGAGCAAGUACUGCAGACAUAAAAAAUCCGUCAGAUGAUCCUUUGGGGGAGAAAGAUAAGGGAGAAGAAUAUGAGCAUGCACCAUCCAUUAAGGGACUACUGGGUUAUGGAAAAGGUCGGGUUGUUUUCCAUUUGAACAUGAAUGUUGAUAGUGUCACUAUGUUUCUCAAUAAGGAGGAUGGUUCUCAACUGGCUAUGUUCGUGCAAGAAAAUUUCCUUCUGGAUUUUAAGGUUCAUCCAAGUUCGCUUUCUAUUGAGGGUACUUUAGGAAACUUGAGGGUUUGUGACCUAUCACUUGGGCCUGAUCACUGGUGGGGUUGGCUUUGUGAUUUGCGCAACCAGGAAGCUGAAUCCCUUGUACAGUUUAGCUUCACUUCUUUCACUGUUGGAGAUGAUGAUUAUGAAGGAUAUGACUUCAGUUUGAGUGGCCGGAUCUCUGCUGUUCGUAUUGUUUUUCUUUACAGAUUCGUCCAGGAGAUAACGGCUUACUUAAUGGAACUUGCCCCUCCUCGACCUGAAGAAGCAAUAAAACUUGUUGACAAAGUCGCAGGAAUCGAGUGGCUGAUUCAGAAAUAUGAGGUUGAUGGAGCAGCUGCCAUAAAGUUCAACCUUUUGUUGGAUAAUCCAAUUAUUUUAGUUCCACGAAAUUCACUGACCAGAGAUUUCAUCCAACUAGAUCUUGGCCUUCUGCGGAUAAAAAAUACGGCCACAUGGCAUGGAUGUCCUGAGAAAGAUCCUUCUGCUGUCCAUCUUGAUGUUCUUGAUGCAGAGGUUUUGGGAAUAAAUAUGGCUGUUGGAAUUGAUGGUUCUAUUGGAAAACAAAUGAUAAGAGAAGGAAGAGAAGUUCACCUUUUUGUUAGGCGCAGUUUAAGAGAUGUCUUUCGCAAAGUUCCGACAUUUGGUUUGGAAGUUAAAGUUGGUUCAUUGCAUGCUGUGAUGUCUGAUAAAGAAUAUACUGUCAUUCUUAAUUGUGCCCUCAUGAACAUGAGUGAACAACCAAAUCUUCCUCCUGGUUUCCGCAACAGCAAUUCUUCUGCGAAGGACACAAUAAAAUUGCUGGCUGAUAAGGUGAACAUGAAUAGCCAGGUCCUUUUGUCAAGAACUGUGACCGUAAUGACUGUUGAAAUGGACUAUUUGCUACUAGAGCUGUGCUAUGGGGUUGACAAGGAAUCGCCUUUGGCUCAUGUCAUUCUUGAAGGUCUAUGGGUAUCAUACAGGAUGACAUCCUUAUCAGAAGCAGACCUAUAUGUUACAUUACCUAGGUUUUCAAUUUUAGAUAUCCGCCCCAACACGAAGGCUGAAAUGAGAUUGAUGCUUGGUUCGUGCUCUGAUGUCACAAAGCAGAUGUCUCCUGAACAAAAUGUUGAUUUACCAAAUUCAACAAUGUUCUUAAUGGAUGGAAGAUGGCGAGUCUCAUCUCAAUCAUUUGUAGUUCGUGUGCAGCAGCCUCGUGUUCUUGUUGUUCCAGAUUUUCUUCUGGCCGUUUGUGAGUUUUUCGUGCCAGCAUUGGGCACCAUUACGGGCAGGGAUGAAAUGAUGGAUCCCAAGAAUGAUCCAAUUUCUAAGAAGAACAACAUAGUGCUUUCUGCUCCUUUGUAUAAACAAACUGAAGAUGUAGUGCAGCUAUCCCCAAGUCGACAACUUGUAGUAGAUUCUGUCGGGAUUGAUGAGUACACAUAUGAUGGCUGUGGUAAGACAAUACGCCUUGCUAGUGGGAAAGAAGAGAGUGAGUCACAAUUUUUCAUACAUCGGCCUAUUAUUAUCAUUGGGCGGGGAAAGCAUUUAAAGUUCACCAAUGUGAAAUUUGAGAAUGGCUUGCUUUUGGGGAGGUAUACAUACAUGGGCAAUGAUAGCUCCUACUCAGUUUCUGCAGAAGAUGAGGUUGACAUUUCUUAUCUGGAUGAUAACUCUCUGGAUAAAAACCGUCAAGACUCAAGUAACUUGGAAGAAUCGUCACAAAUCUCCCACACUUCAGGGACAAUUCAAUCUGAAUCUAGUGCAAUGCCUAGUCUAAGUUUUGAAGCACAGGUUGUUUCUCCGGAAUUCACCUUCUAUGACAGCAGUAAGUCAUUCCUCGAUGAUUCUUCACAUGGUGAAAAGCUUCUUCGUGCAAAAACUGAUGUUAGUUUCAUGUUUGCAUCAAAAGAAGAUGAUAAAUGGAUAAGAUGCGUAGUGAAGGAUUUGACUGUAGAGGCUGGUUCCGGGCUUGUUGUACUUGAUCCCGUUGAUGUGUCUGCGGGAUAUACUUCAGUGAAAGAUAAAAUUAACACAUCGAUUGCGUGCACAGACAUAUAUGUCCAUCUUUCUUUGGGCGUUAUUUCCCUUUUACUUAAUCUUCAAAAUCAAGCAUCUGCAGCACUGCAAUUCGGGAACACCGAUCCCCUCGCCCCUUGUACAAAUUUCGACCGAAUAUGGUCGUCCCCAACAGACAAUGGCUGUCUCAGCAACCUGACAUUUUGGAGGCCUAGAGCUCCAUCAAACUAUGUUAUUUUGGGAGAUUGUGUCACAUCACGGCCAAGUCCUCCUUCACAGUCGGUUCUGGCUGUGAGUAAUGCAUAUGACCGUGUAAGGAAGCCCCUUGGUUUUAAGCUCGUUGCUUCAUUUUCAAGCAUUCAAGGCCAACAGACUGGUGAAGUCCCCUCAGACAUUGACAAUGACUGCUCUCUUUGGCUACCUAUUUCACCUCCUGGUUACUUGGCAUUGGGAUGUGUUGCACAUGUUGGAAGUCAACCACCUCCAAAUCACAUUGUUCACUGUGUUCGUUCUGAUCUAGUUACGUCAACAACAGCUUUUGAAUGUUUACUCAAUUCUCCUGCCAAUCAUAUAUUUGAAUCUGGAUUUAGCAUAUGGCGACUAGACAACUGUCUUGGAUCAUUUUAUUCCCAUCCAUCCACUGUUUGCCCUUCAAAAGACUUUUGCUUUGAUCUGAAUUAUCUUCUCUUGUGUAACUCUAGCCAGCGGCAAUCUUCAUCAAAUGAAUCUCUCUUGGAUUUUAAUAGUAAAAAAGAAUCAAGCCACCAGUCGAGUAACCAUAGUGAAACUUCAUCUGGCUGGGAUGUUAUAAGAUCUGUUUCUAAACCAAGUGCAUGUUAUAUAUCAACACCAAACUUUGAGCGAAUCUGGUGGGAUAGGGGUGGCGACAUUCGUCGACCAUUCUCCAUAUGGAGACCUGUUCCUCGUCCUGGAUAUACCAUGCUGGGUGACUGCAUAACUGAAGGCUUGGAACCUCCUCCACUUGGCAUCAUUUUCAAAGUUGGUGACCCUGACAUUUCUGCAAAGCCCUUACAUUUUACAAAAGUUGCUUAUAUUGGGAAGAGAGGCCCAGAGGAAGUUUUCAUCUGGUACCCUGUUGCUCCUGCUGGUUAUGUUUCUGUUGGAUGUUUAGUAACGCUACAUGAUGAAGCACCCUCUCUGGAAUCUGUUUGUUGCCCAAUAAUUGAUUUGGUUAGUCAAGCUAACAUACCUGAGGCGCCUCUAUCAAAAUCGUCAAGUUCGAAAGCACCUAAUUGCUGGAGUAUUUGGAAAGUUGAGAAUCAUGCCUGCACAUUUCUUGCUCGUGCUGACUUUAAAAAACCAAAUACCACAUUAGCUUUUGCUAUUGGUGAUCAAAUACAGCCAAAGAUAAGGGAUAAUGUGAACGCUGAGAUGAAAAUAAGAUACUUUUCCCUCACUAUUCUGGACAGCUUCUGUGGAAUGAUGACUCCUUUGUUUGACGCCACAAUCACCAACAUCAGGCUAGUAAUUCAAGGUGGUCUUGAUGCAAUGAGUGCAUGCCUGGUUUCUAAUCUUGCCGCAUCAACAUUCAAUGUCCAUUUAGAGGCAUGGGAGCCAUUUGUUGAGCCAUUUGAAGGAAUAUUCAAGCUCGAAACAUGUGAAACCAAUCUUAUCCAACCAAUAAGAAUAGCCAAAAAAUUGCGAGUUUCAGCAGCCAGUAUACUGAAUGUGAAUCUUAGUGCUGCCAAUGUCGAUACCUUAGCACAAGCCACUGCUUCAUGGCGAAAGCAAAGGGAGUUCGAGGAGAAAGCAAUGAGAUUGUAUGAGGAAGCUGCUGGUCCUGAUGAAUCUGUCAAAAAAUCAUCCCAGUUGGCUUUGGAUGAAGAUGAUUUUCAGACCGUGACAGUGGAAAAUAAACUUGGUUGUAAUGUAUAUCUGAAAAAGGUGGAGGAUGAUUCUGAUACAAUUAAUUUAUUGCCUGACAAUGAUCAUGCCACUUUGUGGAUACCGCCUCCAAGAUAUUCCGACAGAUUAAAUGUUUCGGAUGAAUCAAGGGAACCUCAGUGCUAUGUUGGAAUUCAAAUAGUUGAAGCAAAGGGUUUACCCCUUGUUGAUGAUGGAAAUAGUCAUCAAUAUUUCUGCGCUUUGCGCUUACUCGUGGAGAAUCAGGAAGCUAACUCGCAAAAGGUUUUUCCUCAAAGUGCGAGAACAAAGUGUGUUAAACCAGUAACUGAUAAAGUAAAUGAUUUUGAUGAAGGCACAGCUAAGUGGAAUGAACUCUUCCUCUUUGAAUUUCCUAGAAAGGGAGUGGCUAUGCUGGAGGUGGAAGUGACGAACCUUGCUGCCAAAGCCGGUAAAGGAGAGGUGGUGGGUGCAUGUUUAAUUUCUGUUGGACAAAGUAUGGGCAUGCUGAAAAAGGUUGCUUCUGUUAAAAUGCUCCAUCAAACACCUGAUGUUCAGAGUAUUACAUCAUAUCCACUACGAAAAAAGGGCCACAAUUUCGGGGAAUUGCAUUCUGGUUCCAACCUUUUGGUUUCCACUUCUUUCAUUGAGAAGAGCAUGGUUGCUGAUUUUGACAAUAAACAGGGAGAUACAAACGGACUAGACAGAGAUAUGGGUUUCUGGGUUGCACUUGGCCCAGAAGGUCCAUGGGAUGGCUUUCGUUCAUCACUUCCUCUAUCAGUGAUUACCAGGAAACUAAAAGAUGAUUUUGUGGCUUUAGAGGUCUCUAUGAAAAAUGGGAAGAAGCAUGCUGUUUUCAGGGGUCUUGCUAUUGUGACAAAUGAUGCAGAUAUCACACUGAAUAUUUCAACAUGCCAUGCGUCAGUGAUUUAUGAUUCUUCUAGAACUAACCGGAGCAACGUUCUCGUUGAAGAAAUUUUUGAAAACCAGCAAUGUCAAGCAUCUGGUUGGGGUAAUGAUGGUGACAGUUGUCCAUUGCGUUGGAGUACUAGGGAUUUCUCAUUCUCAUCAAAAGAGUUCUUUGAACCUCCUCUUCCCCCUGGGUGGAAAUGGGCAUCAACAUGGUCUGUCGACAAAUCCCAAUUUGUUGAUACAGAUGGUUGGGCUUAUGGGCCUGAUUAUCAGACUUUAAAAUGGCCUCCAAGUUCUCCGAAGUCGGGGACAAAAAAAGCCUUUGAUGCUGUUCGUCGAAGAAGAUGGACCCGUACAAGGCAAGAGGUUGAUGAACGGGCCAUGAAAAACCAAAAUUUUCUUGAUAUUACCAUAUGUCCAGGUGACUCUGCAGUUUUACCAUGGAGAAGCACGUCCAAAGAUUCGAACCAGUGUCUACAAAUUCGUCCAUCCACUGAUCAUUCUGAAAUUUCCUAUGCUUGGGGCCGUCCAGUAUCACUUGAGAAGGAUUCAUCAUCAGUCGAUCAUGCUUCACUUUCUCGUCAAAGUACCAUGAAGUCUGCAAAUAAGACCCAAACUUCUCCACUAAGGCUGGAUCAUUUAGAGAAGAAGGAUCUUCUUUGGUGUUGCCCAGGGUCUAAUGGUGGAUUAUUUUGGCUCUCUGUUGGCGCAGAUGCAUCAGUUCUACAGUCAGAUCUUAAUACUCCUGUUUAUGAUUGGAGAGUAUCAGCCAGUGCUCCAUUAAGGUUGGAGAACAGACUUCCUUGUUCUGCAGAAUUCAAAAUAUGGGAAAGACUAAAAGAUGGUAAAAAUAUAGAAAGACAGGUUGGUUCUGUAUCAUCACGAGGAACUGUACAGAUAUACUCUGCUGACAUACGGAACCAAAUAUAUAUAAUGUUAACUCUUCAGUGUGGCUGGGUUAUGGAAAAGGACCCUGUUCUUAUUUUUGAUAUGGCAACUGCUACUCAUGUUUCAUCAUUUUGGAUGCUUCACCAGCAGAGAAAAAGGAGGUUACGGGUCAGCGUUGAGCGUGACUUGGGGGGGAGUACGACUGCCCCUAAAACAAUAAGGUUUUUUGUUCCCUAUUGGAUAAGUAAUGAUUCCUCCCUCCCUCUAACAUAUAGAGUGGUGGAAACUGAACCAAUUGAAACUGGGGAGAAGGACUUUUUUUUGGGCACCAAAUCUUUUAAAAGAUCUUCAUCGAGAUAUGCUUCAACCUCAAUGAGUGGGGGACAUGUUGAUAUGAAGAGAAAUAUCCAAGUAUUGGAGGCUAUUGAAGAUACCAGUCCAAUACCAAGUAUGCUUUCUCCACAAGACUAUGUUGGUCGUGGUGGUGUUAUGUUGUUUUCAACACGAAAUGAUAUGUAUUUGUCCCCAAGGGUGGGCAUAGCCGUUGCGCUUCGAAAUUCUGUCAAUUUCAGUCCUGGGGUAUCACUUCUUGAACUGGAGAAAAAGCAAAGAGUUGAUGUGAGGGCACUCGGUUCUGACGGAACUUACUACAAGCUUUCAGCUGCUCUGCAGAUGACAUCAGACAGAACAAAGGUGGUACAUUUUCAGCCACAUACAAUGUUCAUGAACAGAGUUGGGUGUAGUGUAUGUGUGCAACAAUGCGAUACUGAGUUACUGGAAUGGCUUGAUCCUACUGGACCUCCCAAACAUUUUGGAUGGCAGUCUGAAGUGCCUGAACUGAUUAAGCUGCGAAUGGAAGGGUACCAGUGGAGUGCACCAUUCACUGUUGGAUCUGAAGGUCUUAUGUCUAUAUGGUUGAGAAGUGAACAAGGAAGUGAACACAUGGCUCUUUCAGUUGAAGUAAGAGGUGGGGCAAAGACGUGCCGCUAUGAAGUUAUACUGCGUCGCUGCUCUUUCUCAAGUCCUUACAGGAUCGAAAACCACUCUUUCUUUCUACCAAUACAAUUCCGUCAGGUCAAUGGUUCCAGCGACUCUUGGAGAUCUUUACUUCCUAAUGCUUCUGCUUCUUUUUCAUGGGAAGAUCUUGGUAGAGAACGAUGUUUAGAACUACUGGUAGAUGGAGAUGAUCCCUUGUCAUCACAGAAGUACAACAUUGAUGAGAUCAAAGAUCAUCAGCCCAUCCCAGUUGCUGGAGGACCUAGGAGAAAUCUAAGAGUAACCAUCAUCAGGGAAGAGAAGGUAAAUGUGGUCAAAAUCAGUGACUGGAUGCCUGAAAAUGAAACACCAGUUCCUCUUAACCGGAGUGCUUCAUCGGUACAACAAAUAUGUGAAAGUAACUAUCAGCUUGAGCCACCACCGUUGGUCUCAGAGAGUGAAUUUCAUUUCAGUCUUGAUGUUGGUGAGCUUGGGUUGUCCAUUGUUGACCAUACACCUGAAGAGAUAUUAUAUCUGUCGCUCAAAACGUUUGUGCUGUCAUAUGCCACUGGACUAGGCUCGGGUAUAAGUCGGUUAAAAAUGAGAAUGGGGGGUAUUCAGAUAGAUAAUCACCUGCCUUUGACUCCAAUGCCAGUUCUCUUUCGCACACAAAGAGUAGCGGAAGACUCUGAAUAUACUUUGAAGAUUUCAAUAACCCAACAAUCUAGUGGAUCCUUAGAUUUGUGCAUAUAUCCGUAUAUAGGUUUUCAGGGUCCGGAAAAUACAGCCUUUCUGGUCAAUAUUCAUGAGCCAAUUAUCUGGCGCCUUCAUGGGCUGAUCCAGCAAGCUAAUAUAUCCAGAAUCUUUGAUUCUGAGACCAGUUCUGUUUCAGUUGAUCCCAUCAUUCAAAUUGGUGUCCUGAACAUGUCCGAAGUCCGUUUUAAAGUAACCAUGGUUAUGUCACCAACUCAACGGCCAGCUGGUGUCCUUGGAUUUUGGGCUAGCCUUAUGACUGCUCUUGGAAAUACUGAAAAUAUGCCGGUCCGGGUAAAUCAGAGAUUUCAGGAAAAUGUUUCGAUGAGACACAGUGUUCUAGUCAGUAAUGUUGUCUCAAAUAUCACAAAGGAUGUACUAAGUCAGCCACUGCAGCUUCUUUCUGGGGUUGAUAUUUUGGGAAAUGCAAGUAGUGCACUUGGACAUAUGAGCAAAGGGGUUGCUGCCUUAUCAAUGGAUAAGAAGUUCAUACAAAGUCGUCAAAGACAGGAUAACAAAGGUGUGGAGGACAUUGGCGAUGUCAUAAGAGAUGGUGGUGGGGCUUUAGCUAAAGGCAUAUUCCGUGGAGUCACUGGCAUUUUAACGAAGCCUCUUGAAGGAGCAAAAGCAUCUGGUGUUGAAGGCUUUGUACAGGGUGUCGGAAAAGGAAUAAUAGGUGCUGCAGCGCAACCUGUCAGUGGUGUUUUAGAUCUUUUGUCCAAAACUACAGAAGGCGCAAAUGCAAUGAGAAUGAAGAUUGCAGCAGCCAUUGCUUCUGAAGAUCAGCUACUACGCCGAAGACUACCCCGGGCUAUUGGUGGUGAUAAUUUGCUCAGGCCUUAUGAUGAGUACAAAGCAAAGGGCCAGGCGAUACUGCAAUUAGCGGAAUCUGGAUCGUUUUUGGUUGACAUGUUCAAGGUCCGUGGGAAAUUUGCUUUGACAGACGCCUACGAGGACCACUUUGCACUUCCGAAAGGCAGAAUUGUUAUGGUCACUCACCGAAGAGUUAUACUGCUUCAACAACCAUCCAACCUUAUUCAACAGAAAAAAUUCAACCCAGCCAGAGAUCCAUGCUCGGUGAUCUGGGACGUGGCAUGGGACAACUUAGUGACAAUGGAACUGACUCAUGGGAAGAAAGAUCAUCCCAUUGCUCCACCAUCACGCGUUCUUCUGUAUCUGCAUAGCAAAUCUGCUGACACAAGGGAUCAACACCGAAUUAUAAAGUGCAAUCGUGAUUCUAAUCAAGCAUUCGAGGUUUAUUCUGCAAUCGAGCUAGCAAGAUCAACCUACUUGCCAGACCUGUCAACGUUUUCAAAGAAAAGCAAGGUGACGAGACCCUACGCUCCAACAGUCGAACAUCCAAAUCUUAAAGGAGGGGGGUACAUAAUGUCACCACAGAUGCCUUCACCCGUAUCCUCAUAUUCAUCUCUCGGAUCACUGAACAGUGACUGAUACAACAAAAGUAGCUCAUCUACACAUUCUUGAUAGGCGAAGCGGAGCUGACAGAGAAUUCAGUAUUAAGAUGAGUCGCCUUACAGCUUGGUGAUGAGUGGAACCCCGCCGUGCUCCUAUAUAGAGACGAUCACAAAUUUUAAAGCAUGCAACGGUGAAAAUACGCUCGACGGAAGAAGAGGGUUCUCAAUCAGCAGCCAAUGCUUCCUGAGGUGAGCGAGGAUACAAAUAAUGCACAUACAGAGCGCAGUCUUGCUUUUGUAAGAGAAUGAACGUUAUUUCAGUCACAUAUCAAUAGUUUCAUGUAUUUUUAUUAUAGAAUCAUAUUACGUAUAUAUAUAUAUACAUACAUAUUUGUUUUUCUCCUUUUUUCAAUAGAUACUAUACAAGAUAGUGCUGCCCUUGUAUAUUUAGCGCUUAACGGAAGAAGGCACUGUAUCAUCUUUAUUUUGAGUACAUUGUUUCCCACUUUCUACACCAA